AUGGUGCUCCAAGUGGUGCUCUUUUUCCCAUGAAUGAUCGUUUUACCUUGGUCGACGCUCCUACCGAUCUUGCAUUCAAUCCUACCGGCCCUGCAUCCAAUUGUACUGUUGGCGAUCAUUUAUCUUCCAUGAAUAAUG